GAACGCCCCAGGGCUGGCCUGUGCUGCCGGGGAACCUCGGCCCGCGGGGCCCCGCGCCGGUGGCGGCCCCGGCCGGGCGGAACCAGAGCGCCCGGGCGGGGAACGGCGGGGCCGCACCGGGGCCGCCCGCCACGUGACCGCCGAGCGGCGGGAAUAGCACACGACCUGGACUGCGGCUCGCGGGCCCUCUGCUGCCCGCUCCCAGUCCAAACACAGGCCUGUUCCCAAUCCUGUUACAGAGGGGAUCGGCCCCGCCCCGCUCCCGUAACACCGGCCAUGACCGAAAGCACCGGAGACCCCCGCACGCGCGGACCCGCCCCUUCCUGCAGCGCCUGCCCAAUGGGCGCGCAGGCCGCCGUUUAAAUGGCGGGGGCGGGCCCGGCCCGGGCGUUGGUUCCGCCAUGGGCAGCGCUGAGGGCGCAGAUUGGGUUGAUGUUGCCAAUGAUCUUUUAAGGACCUGUCACAUAAACCAGCACAUAAAGCAUCUCUCAGAAUGUGGUGCUGACCUGUUUGUUCGUCUUUAUGAGUCAAUCUUAGGAGAAAAGGUACCAGAUUUCAUUGCUACUCCCAGAAGCCAGGAGGAUGAUGCACAUAAUGUACAAGCAGUAAUAGAUUCCCUGGCAUUGGAUUAUUUGCAGGUCAGCUUGUCUCACAUCACAGGUGAGAACAUUGUGAAAGGAGACAGGGAAUCUAUCAAAAACCUCCUCGAAAUAUUUGAUGGUUUGUUGGAGUAUCUUAGAGAAGUCAGUGAAACAUCUUCUCAGACUGGAGCUGAGAUAAAUGUACUGUCCAGUGAUGAAAUUCAAAUUGCACCUCAAGAGCAGCUGGAAAGCGCUGCUGAUCAACUUACAGAACAUACACUACUCUCAUCAGUUGAAAGGUCCCAGUCAGAAUAUUUUAUUCUAACUUGUGAUACAGAUGGCUCAGGAUCUACCAGUGAAUUAAUUAAACUUGGAGAUACUGCUUAUUCAUUUUCCAAGAGAGGGGAAGAAAAGGACACGGAGGUAGAAGAAUCUGAAAGCACAGAGGCUCUUGCAGCAUUGCCCAGACAGUUCUCAGAAAGUGAAAGGGGGAUUGUAAAUGAAAGGGAAGAUGGAGGGAUGGAGGCUGUUCAUGAACCUCACCAAGGGAGUCUGAGUGUCAGUGCUACCAAACUGGGGGAGCCCAUCCAGCAGGCAAUUCCUCUGCUGCCCCCGUUCCAGCCCUCGGAUCCAGCAUGGAGAGAUCCCCACAGCUCACACAGACAGGCAGCAGCCCUGCCUUGCAGUCAAGCACUGAACAUUCCUACUAUUGAAAAGUCACUUACCCAAAAAUUUCCUGAUGUUUCUGAUGGUCUUCCUCUAUCCAGAAAAAUCCCUGGCACAGUGCCAUUAACUCACACUUACCUGUCAUCUGCUUCUGCAGUGGGAGAAAUGCUGGGAGGUGAUGCCAAGGAAAAUGUGACAAAGGUGCCUCUGGUAUCUGAGUCUUCUAUAUCCGCCUCUUCUGAGGAAAAGCUCUCACUAUGUGCUGAACAAAUAACACAAACCCCAAGACCUGAGUCUCAGCACUGGCCUAGAACAACAAGCAAAUAUGAAAAUUCCACCCUAGAUUCAGUUGAGGAUUCACUUUCCCACAGAACAACAAAGGAGAAGGUGCCGAAGCAGCAAGAGUUUCAUGAAGCAUCAGGAAAUCUGUCUCGCAGGCUGAAUGAACUAGAUUUAAUGUUGAAGAGAGCUUUGGGUGAGCACACGAGAGAAGGGGAGCUGCCAGAUGAGGACAGCCUGUCCCACCACAGUGACAGUGCCAUGGACUAUGGCCGAAGGACAGCUGGGAGAGACACACCAGGUCCAAGGUACCCAGGCAGGCCAAGAUCCCUCUCUCCAGCCUCUCCCUUGUCUCAGUACCAGGAACAUAAACAGAGAGGCAGAGGAACAGGCCAGAUAAAGACAAUCCGCAGCCACCUGCAGGGAGAAAGGGAUGAAAGAACAAGAAAAGCAAAGCUGGUCACUAAAGCUUAUGAAAAUGAGCUAAGAAUUUUUGAAGCGAGGGAGAAACGGAGAAUUUCCAAGCUCAGAGAAUCUGCCAAGGAAAUGGAACAAGAGUACAAAGAAAAUGUCUUUCAAGAACCUCCAAAAGUGUCUCAGCGAGUGAAAGUUUAUUCUAGAAAAACCACACCUCAGUAUCCCAAACACAGCCAGUGGAUUCCAAAACGAGGCAUCAUGAAGCCAAAGCAAGCAGCUCCAAUGACAAUAAGAGACAAUGACCUCCUCCUGCAGCUCCUGGAGGAGUUUCCCCACCUGCACAUUUCCUCCCGUACUCUGAAUAAAAUGUGGCAUCAGCAGCUUGCACAAACUGAGCACCUCAAGGCACCCUCUGCCAGACCUAGACCAAAACUCCAGAAUGAAGUUGAACAAGCCUUGAAGAAACAUGAGCUGCUUGCUGCAAUUAUUAAGAGAGAUCAAGAUCACAGCAAGAGACUGCAAGAAAUCAAGCAGCGCAUCCAGCGGCAGAAGUGGGCUCAGAACAAGGUGACCGAGAGGCGGCAGCAGGUGGCGCGGGCCAGGAAAUACUACGAGGAUUACAGGGUGCAGCUCCGGGCCAAGCUGCUGCGGGCCAGGACACGCGAGGAGAGGAUAUUUAAAAACUUAUUUGAAGAAGGCUUAGAAAUUCAGAAGCAAAGACUGAGGGACCUGAGAAUUUAUGCUCGAGAGAAGCGCGAUGAGCAACGGCGAGAGCACCAGAUUGAGCUGGAGUCUCUGGAGAACUACUACAAAGAUCAGUUUUCCAUGCUAGCAGAAGCUAUAUCUCAAGAAUUCCAAGAAAUCCAAACCAGAGAGAAAGCACAAGCACAAAUGCUACAAAAAUCAAAAAGUGAAGUGAGAUCAAAGAUGGAAAAGGAAAUACAGCAACUGCAAGCAGCAAUCAUGCACAAUGAUGAUGACACCUUUUUUCAAGAACUGGAAGCAGACAGACUGAGAUCCAGACUUCAGAUGGCUUCCUUCCAGUACAGCCAAAGCCACUUCUUUUGACUUGGGUAAAUGUCACUGCAGUCCUCCCUGGCUAAGAUAAUCAGAGUCUUGGAGUGUGAGGCUGUUUUUUUUCUCUAAAAUACCUGUUCUGUCAUUUUGACUGUCAGGAGUGUAGCUGCUGGGAUCUGGGAUCUCCACAGCACUUUUAUGAUCACCAAUAAAAUUUCUGAACUACUUUUUACCUUCCUGGCAAGGCUGGGGUAAUGUUGGGCUCUACCAGAGGAAGCUGGGAUGAAGUCAGAGUUCUUUAGUGAAGUUUUCCUGGUGGAACAGUUGGAUGCUGAGACUCCUCUGCAUCUGUGCUGGGGCUGUUGCUGCUAAGCCAAUCUGACACCAUUAGCCAGAAAUCAUGGAUUGGAAAGCUCACAAAGCACAAGAAGAUCUUUGAAAGAACAUCAGAGGUUCAGGUAUCCUGUGAAAGGCCAAGUUAGAGAAUUCCUGCAAUAAACCUGACAGAAGUAACUGGGAAUUUAAAUACAUCAAGCAAGGGAAGACUUCUUCCACUCCUGCUUCAGUUGUGUUCACAGGGUUGGUGCUGCUGACUUGAUAAAAUACAAAGGUAUAUAAAAUACUCUUUCUAUGCCACAAAUGCACUGGGAAAAGUAAUUUGAAACAGAAAACAAUGCAGAUUCUUCUAAAGCUGUACAUGAUCAGCUUCUGCAAGAGGUGAACCCUGGGAAGGAGCUAUGGACAGCAUUCCUGAUCUUCUACAGCCCACACUCACAGGUCCAGCCUGAUUACUCCAUCUUCACACUGACAGAACCAGAGUUAAAGAAUGAUUAAAUAUUUCACCAGUCAGCUUUGACCUUACUUCAGGCUGUAAGUUCUGCUCCAGGAGAGCAGGAGCUGCCAGCAGGCACUGCACCUCCUGUAGCAUCUUGCAGAGCUAUAAACAGUGCAGUGCCCAGCAGGAAAUCCAGGUUUCACCAGCCAAACACUGGGGAGGUGCCAGCACAGAGGGAUGAGGACUUGAACUGAGAACAAUUACAUAAAAUCAAGCUGAUACUAAUGAAUUCCAUUACUGAUACAGCGUGUCUGACAAAAGUGCAACUCUUAAUUAGUUUGUCUUGGUAGUAGAAUAGUUCUUGCUUAAAAUUGCUGUGAGAGAAGUGAUGUAGGAAUGCUGGAUUUAACUGCACUGUACAUACAAUAUUUAAAGGUUGCCAUGAGGGGGUGUCUCUGAUGGAACUGACAACACACAGAACAUUCACACUUAUUCACUGAAAAAAGAGCUAAACAGGAAAAAAAGCCCCCAACAUCUGAAGAGCUUCUUUUACAGAUUAAACAAACCAGCCAGCUGUUACAGCAUGAGACACCUCACUGCAAAAGUACAGACCCAAAACCCACCAAAAUCUCUCCACAACACCAGAAACACAAAACCCUGACCUAUCCAAACCUUUUCAGGGAUUUCCUGUAAGCCUGGCUAACUUGAAGCCUUUAAGGGACAAUAUUUGUCACCUAAGUUGAUGAAUUUUAGCAAGUCUUUACCAAAUUUGCCUUUAUUUCCCUUCAGGAAGAUGGUGUAGCUUUGCUGAGUUUUGAGAGCAGUCUGUCCAUCUGUUCUCCAGUGCUGAGAUAAAGUCCUUGCCAAGCCAUGCCAGCACCUGAGAGGCAGAAGUCAGAGCUGCUGUGUUUGACCAGAACAUUCAGCACACUCCUCACUGGAGGUAACAGCACAUAGCAAGUCACCAAGUUUCAAGUAUUUUCUCCUGAAACAAAGUCAAGUUACUUAAAAAUGACACUGUUACAUUUUGAAGAUUUAAUUAAGAAACACUUAAAACUUUUAAAA